AUGAGUGCCACGGAUGCAGGUACAAUGACUACCACCUUUCCGAACCCUAAGAAGUACAACUUCACACAACAAACAUCGAAAUGGCAGGAUAUCGCCGCGAAAACUCAAGCUGGACUAAAGGACAAGAUACCAAAGGAAUGGCUGGUGCCAGAAUCAAUACUCGCCACCAAAGAGCACAAUGUCAUCCCAAUCUUCCGGACUUGUGGCUUGUUGAGUGAUCGGGAACUGGAGAUUACCGAUGCAGAAGACUGCACAGUCAUACUCCAUAAGAUUCAGUCGAAAGCAUGGUCGGCCUACGAGGUUGCUGUUGCAUUCUGCAAGCGUGCCGCUAUCGCCCAACAGCUGAUCAACCCUCUGAUGGAUAUCGACUUUGAAGGCGGCAUCCAGCGAGCCAGAGAGCUGGAUGAGCACCUCGCUUCGACAGGCAAAGUGAUUGGACCUUUACACGGGCUGCCCAUCAGUUUCAAGGAUCUUACCGACGUCAAGAACAUGAGGGUCACUAUGGGCUUUUCGGCUUGGGCGGAGCUCUACUCGAAAGAAGAUGCUGUCGUAGUGGGAGCUCUACGAAAUGCUGGAGCUGUUGUAUAUUGCAAGACUACUUUGCCUCUGGUUGGAAUGAUGCUGGAAACCGCCUCUCGCCUCUUUGGUCGCACCCUCAACGCUCACAAUACUCGUCUAUCCUGUGGCGGGUCUUCUGGUGGUGAAGGAGCCUUGAAUGGAUGCAAUGGCGCUCCUAUUGGUAUCGCAACUGAUAUUGGGGGAUCCAUCCGAGCGCCAGCAGCGUUCAAUGGCUUAUAUGCUAUUCGCCCAACCUCGCGCCGCUUCAGUUACAAGGGGAACUCGCUAGAAUAUACAGGCCAAGGGUCAAUCCUGUCCACUAUUGGUCCAGUUGGUCGAAGCCUUCGCGAUAUCGAAUUGAUAUGCAAGGUCUUGAAUGCAGCUGAGCCAUGGUUGUACGAUCCUGCAGUGAUGGCCAAGAAGUGGGAGCCUGUCGACGUUCCCAAGAAGGCCACUAUCGGCGUCAUGUACUGGGAUGAGGUCGUAAUGCCACAUCCACCGGUGCAACGGGCGUUGAAGACGACCAUGGAGAAACUGAAAGCAGCUGGUCAUGAAGUGGUCGAGUUCAAACCUUACAAGCAGAAGUACGCUUGGGAUCUAGCGUUCAAGUUAUACUAUCAAGCGGGAUCCAAGUUCUACUAUGACAUGAUGGCCCAGACUGGAGAGGUCGCAUUCCCUGCCGGUUUGAAAUUCAUUGAGCGAGCACGUCAGGUCGAGGACAUUCACGAACUGAUAAAACUCAACAAAGAGCAACGACAGUAUCAAAUUGAUUAUCUCGCUCAUUGGAACUCCACUGCCUUGCAGACCUCAACGGGCAAACCGAUCGACGCACUCUUGACGCCUUCAUUCGGUUCCGCAUCGUAUCCCCAUGACUAUCUGCCAUGGUGGGGCUACAUGACCGUCUGGAAUCUGUUGGACUAUCCCACCUUUAUUCUCCCCAUAACACGUGCUCAGACAAGUGAUGUCAAGGACACAGCCUACAAACCAGCGAACGAGCUUGACCAGGACAACUACGAUAUAUACGACCCAGAGCUGUUCGAGAAUGCUCCAGUAUGCCUGCAAUUGGUGGGCCGGAGUAUGCAUGAAGAGCAGCUGCUAUCUGUGGCCUUUGCGGUCGACCAGGCGGUGAAAGCUUGA